CGCUCGCCCGCAUCCGCAUGACGCGCACGGGAAGCGGCCGAGGCGAGCGAACGCGAGACGAUCGAGUCGGAGGCGAAGAGGAAGAGGAGCGAUCGAUCGAUCAAGCGCGAGGGGGAGUGGGAGCGGCGGCGGGGGAAAUGGUCGCGGCGGAGGCGGCGGCGGCGCCGGCUCCACCGCAUGACGCCGUCGCGGCGGUGGCGGUGGGGAUGGUGGGGGCGGCGGGGACGGUGGACGAGCAGAAGGCGGCCGGGGUGGGGAUCCUGCUGCAGAUAUCGAUGCUGGUGGUCUCCUUCGUGCUCGGCCACGUCCUCCGCCGCCGCAAGGUCUACUACAUCCCCGAGGCCAGCGCCUCCCUCCUCAUCGGGAUGAUUGUUGGCGGCCUUGCUAAGAUAUCAAACACUCAAAGAAGUAUUAGGAGAUGGUUCAAUUUUCGGGAGGACUUCUUCCUUCUUUUCUUACUUCCUCCAAUUAUAUUUCAGUCUGGAUUCAGCUUAGCACCAAAACCAUUCUUUUCAAAUUUUGGUGCCAUUAUAACAUUUGCAAUCUUGGGAACCUUCAUUGCUUCUAUUGUCACUGGUCUUUUAGUAUACGUUGGUGGGUUAAUAUACAUUGUCUAUAAGUUGCCUCUGGUUGAGUGCAUGAUGUUUGGUGCUCUGGUGUCAGCAACUGAUCCUGUUACUGUACUGUCCAUAUUUCAGGAACUUGGCACUGAUGUGAACCUCUAUGCGCUGGUUUUUGGAGAAUCAGUUCUCAAUGAUGCUGUGGCUAUAUCCUUGUAUAGGAGUAUGGCUUCACUGAGAACAAGUUCUUCUGGACAGAACUAUUUUCUAGCUAUCCUUAAGUUUCUUGAGAAUUUUGUUGGUUCAAUGUCAUCAGGUGUUGGGGUUGGAUUCAUUUCUGCCCUCCUCUUCAAGUAUGCAGCUCUAGGUGUUGAGAACCUUCAUAAUCUGGAGAGUUGCUUGUUUGUCCUUUUCCCUUACUUCUCGUACAUGCUAGCUGAAGGCUUUGGUUUGUCUGGUAUUGUCUCUAUUCUGUUUACUGGAAUUGUUAUGAAGAGAUACACCUUCUAUAACUUAUCAGAAGAUUCUCAGCGUUUUACAGCUCGUUUUUUCCAUCUACUUUCAUCACUAGCAGAGGCUUUCGUGUUCAUAUACAUGGGAUUUGAUAUUGCGAUGGAGCGUCAAAGCUGGUCACAUAUUGGAUUCAUUUUUUUCUCAGUUGUAUCCUUCGCAUUGAUUACACACCAACUCUUACCCAUGCUUGUUACGAAUACAAUAAUUUCUUCUUGUUUCCUUAAUUUUUUUCCCUUUUGCUUAUGCAUCCAGAUCUUUAUAUUACUUGCAAGGGCCGCAAAUGUCUUCUCUUGUGCAUAUAUAUUAAAUUUGGCACGACCGGUGCACUGCCAAAUACCUAGGCAGUAUCAGCUGGCACUCUGGUAUAGUGGUCUUAGGGGGGCAAUGGCUUUUGCCCUUGCACUUCAGUCUAUUCAUGAUCUUCCUGAAGGACAUGGCGAGACAAUUUUCACCGCUACCACAUCUAUUGUUGUUCUAACUGUGCUUCUAAUUGGAGGCUCAACUGGAACAAUGCUUGAAUCCCUGCAAGUAGUUGGGGAUAGUAAUCGCUAUCGCCAUCCAUAUGAGCAUAACUUUGAUGGGAACAAUGCUGGCUACCCUGGGCAACGUUACGGGGAAGAAACAUCAACAUCAAGCAAUUUCACAAUGAAACUCAAAGAGCUCCAGAGAAGCACCUCUUCUUUCGCUUUACUGGACAAGCAUUACCUUACUCCCAUUUUUACCUCUCAAAACGAGGACGAUAACAGUGACGGCGAUGAGGAUAUUAUCAAUGAAUCAUUGAGGAAUGAGGAUAUGUAGAGGUCCUGCAGAUUUGGAGGAUCAUGAACUCAUGAUUAUUGAAUGCAAACAUGACGCACGAAAAUUUUUCAAGAGCUGCGCAUUCCAAUCAAGAGCAAAUGUUUGAGCCAUCAGCCAUGUAUACGUCACACACUAGGAUAGUUCGACAUGUAUGUAAGUAAAGAGGAUCAUAGGUGGGAAUGUAAGAUUCGCUAGGUUAUCUGCUUUCUUUAACGAUGAAGUUUGAUGAAGGCACUUUUGCUCUAAUCCUAUUUUUGAUCUGUUGCCAUGCAUCUUCAUGGAGUUCAGUGAUGAAACUUGACA